CCUUCUAGAAGGACAUUUUACAGGUCUCUAUUUUAACAACGCUUAUCAUAAAUCAGACGGUUCCCGUUAGAUGGAAUUAUGUUAUUUUUCGUGUUUAAGCUAUAAACUGUAUGUUUAGUAUGAACCAAUACGUUUUUUGAACGUUUUUUUGUGAAUAUUUGAGUUUUAGUAAGCGCUAUGGAUGUUCACUACGACUUCAGAAUAAGCGGGCGAGACACGCUUGCUGAUCUUCUUUCGGUCUUGGAAGAGGACGAAGACGACCUCGGUAUCAAUCCAGUGGAUAUUGUAAUUAUGCCACCAACUAACUCCUGCGAAGUUUUAACCGAUGAAGAUUCGGGCGAUGAGGACGUUGUCGACGUCAACAAUUUACCAACUGCUCAGCUUCGAGCAGAAGCCGAAUUGUUCGCGCAUAAUUCCGACGACGAAUGGGAAGAUGAAGACAAAAUCCCACUGUCAGAGUUGCGUAAAGGAUUGUUGUCUAAAAGGCACUAUGACGAGUUCAAGAAAAAAACGUACAAGUGGGAAAAAUUCGACAUAAAAAAUGCACGUCUUGAAACUGAAUGGCCCAAUUUUGUUUUGCCAUCGAACAAUCUUUCACCUAUACAGUUAUUUGAAAACUUUUUUGACAAGGAGAUAAUAGACAUGUUUGUUUUUUAA